CAAUGCUGAGAGGGCUGAUAUAUUUUGUUCUUUUGCUUCACAGCUCUGUUAACACACAAGAUGGCCCCAUUAGGAUUUACUUCUCAGAGCGAACAAAAGGUAUUGUUCUUAAUGGAUCAGAUAUCCCUGCUCUGGGCUCCAUUUUAUGGGAAUGGACCCCUCACCAUCAACAACUGGCCACAAGGACAUUGGUCAGACUGAAGACCAAAGGGCAAGGAUGGAAAGCAGAGCAGUUUCAUCAAGAUAUGCAAAACAAUGAAACAAACUUCCACCUGAGAAAUGACUCUCUCGAUCUUUUAAUUGAAAAUGUGCUUGAAGCAGCUGGAUUAUUUACUUGUCGACAGACAGAACCUGAGGAGAAAAUACUGAAACAGUAUGAAAUAUUUGCUAUCACAGUUGAGCGAGAUCCUCGCUAUCCAUUUCAAGGCAGUGAUGUCUCCCUCAGUUGUACCAUCUCCAGACUUGAUGAUACAAUUACUCUUCAGCUGAAAUCUGGAGCCCUAUCUCAGCAGAACAGGACAAACAACUCAGAUCCAAUCCUACUGAAUAACACAGUCUACCUGAUAUUGCAAGAUAGUCAAAUCAAUGAUGAUAAACAAUAUUUAUGUGAAAUACAAGAUAAUGGAAGAACUGUUCAUUCUGUUCCGAUUGAAUUGACCUUCAGUCCCUCUGAUUUUGGUCGGCAGUAUACAAGUUAUUGGCCUAUUUUGGACAAUAAUUCACUGAACCUGAACUGUAGAUGUAAGUCGCAGUACAAUUUGUCCACGUGGACUUUGGAAAUUUACAAUCAAAGAAGAAUGAAGGUGAUAUCUUCUGAUAAUAAAGGCAAAAGGAAUGCAAGCAUCUCAAAGUUUCAGAAUCGAGUCGUCCAGCAACAUUUUAAUGGGAUGAACUUUCCUCUAAAGGUUUUUCCUGUACAGUUUGAAGACGCAGGAACUUACACAUGUACCAUGGACACAUUGGAAGCAGUGAAAAUCAAACUGAUCACUAUCCAAGUGACAGUGGUUCCCCCUUGCCCUCUGACUGAAGGAGACAAUGUUGAACUUCAAUGUUCUGUUUCUCAUGUCUGUAGUGCAACAAGGCUUGCUUGGAUGGAUAAUGGCAGGAAAGUUCUUGUGGAAGAAAAACGUUUCAAUCUCUCCAGUGAAGUAAACAACAGUCUGUCACUGUUUAUUCCAAAAAUUGGACAACAGAACAGAAGCUGGACCUGCCUUGUGUUUAAUGGGACUAUGCUAAAAUUUCAUAUCGUGCACAAACUGGCAGUUAAUGAAAAUAAUCAAUUUGCGUAUUUGAAUUAUAUUAUCAUUUUUGCCACUCUUGUGCUACUUCCAUGUUUCAUUGCUGCUAUAAUCAGGAUGAUCAAUGGGCCAGCUAAUGAAUGUCAAAGCGAACCCGACUUUGGUCAUGAAAUUUCAAACUCUGAGCCAAUUGCAGAAGAAAUUCAUUAUGCUUCUGUAAUUUUUCAAAAGAUGAGUCCAGGUCAUACCCUCAAUGAACAAUCUGAUGUCCAGCCUUCAGAAGAGAUUCCAGGAACUUCAGGUGGAAAUGAGUCAUCCAUAAUCUAUAGUACCAUAGUUACAUAGGACAUGCCAGUUCACGUGGAUAUUGAAAGAAGACAAAAUGGAAGAGACUUUUUUGUCAAAAUGUGGCUGAUUAUCACACAAGCAAUGUAUGUUUGGAUAUUAUCUUUUGAUUUCAGAGUGACAGUAAAAAAGACACCUGUAUGAAAGGUCCAGCAAUGUUGU